AGCUGACUCAACUAUUUAACUACGUAGUUAGCUGUCAUAUAAACCGAUGAAUCGGACAGACAAACAGGAUGGUGCUAACAAUCACGAUGUGUAACUUUUUCGGGUUGGCAACACUACUUCUGUCCAUAGCGGUGGCAGUGAUGGGAACCAAAAAGUUGGAUACUGCUUCAGUUGGACUGAAGGAUAAUAAAGCACCCAAAGCAGACGAUGGGCCACUUACAAUUUCCCGAAAGGAAUUAGAUAUCAUUUUCGGUGAAGGCAUGUACAAUAACUUUAAUGAAAAAAAAGGAAAAGCUGUUAAACAUCCUUCUCACAAGGUCCAGCUAGGGGCACUAGGUCACGUGGCACCAGGUCAUAGAGACAAGCCGCGUCGCAAGGACCAAGAGCUACCAAGGAUGGUUCCUCAUCAUCCAAAAACCCAACCGAAGAAAUUCGGCCUUCACACACGGAAUUCUAUUAACGACAACCGAUUUGACAGGAAACAUAUGAAGAGGUCAAAAGGUCAUUAAUAUUCCUUGUCACGUCAAUGUGAUAUAUUUUUGAAAUGUUGAUAUUUGUAAUAUUAAAUAAUUACAAUAUAAAUACUUUCGAUGUU